CUGGAAAGGACUUCUGAUGUGAUGUUUUUCACGUAACUACAGUAGGUGUUAUGAAUGUGUGCACGUAUUUGUAGUGAAUGAAGGUUUCUAAAUCUAAAUUCUGUUCUAAAUUCUAGAAUUUCCAUAAUACUCUACUAUAUGUAUCAUAAUACCUGUUGUAGCUUGGCAAGAUGGAUGACACGCGCAAUGAACACAAACUCCUAUCUUUUCGUUUUUACCGAGCUGUAAGGGACCAUGGACCUGUGCAGAUGUUGGAGGACAUGCGAAACCUGGAGAUAUUUCACUGGGAAGAAGGCAGCCGGCAAUUGACAUACACUCCAUCUGAGGCACUGUUAUAUGCCAUCGUGCACGACCACCAAGCUUACGCACAGUACUUGCUGAAUCAGUUCUCAGAUGGUGCUCUUGCCAUGCCAGGUGAGAAUUUCUGCUGCUGUCCAUCAUCUGCUCCACACUUAGCCAUGGCUAUCCGCUACAACAGGAAGGACAUAAUGGCUCUCAUUCUUCAUGUGGCACAUAGAAUGCCAACUCUGCAGUCCUACGUGAACCGAAGAGGAUGCAAUCAUAUGGAGGAUGGCAAAACUCCACUCCAUCUGGCAUGUGAGCUGUCACACUCGGAGACUGUCAUAAUGUUACUGGGAAGUGGGGCUUCACCACAAGCUGAGGAUCACAAUGAUAUGACACCACUGGAUCUCAUUCUCAUGAAGCUACGGACCUCCAAAGUGAACAUAGGUGGCAAGAUGUUGUGCCUGGAAAGGCUGCUCAUGUUCAUGCCUGAAGUGCGGUUCAAAAUGAAGAGCUCACUGAAAAAUGAUCCACAGUACUGGUCCAAAGUUCUGGGAGAGAAGACAUUUAACUACCUGGUCGGAAGAAUUCCAGGGACACUCUUUCUCAAAGCUAUGCAAAGAAUUCUGUUUCAACUACCUACUCAUCAAUUUUUUAAAAGUCUGGACGAACUGCCCAUUCCGGAUUUUCUGAAACCCCUCCCACACAGCCCUUAAUGCAGUCUUAAAGCUGGAACUCCUACUGAAACAUACUUUAUUUGUUUUGUUUUUUCUUUUUAUCGAAUUUAUAUCUGUGUGACUGACAUACAUUUGACAUGUAAAUAUGUGCAUUUGUGUGUGAAAGUGUGUGCAUGUAUGUGGCAUGAAAUUAAUUAUUUAACCAAUCACUGUAACUUUAAGAAAACAGUAAGUAAAAACGUCUUCCUGCUCUCAAAUUAAAUAAUGGAAACGCCUCUUUAAUUAAAAAAGGACAAUAUUUUUACAUAACUAAUAAUAACUGAACAAGUAAUGAAUGUGUUUCCUAGUGAGUAUGCGAAUUAUGUAUUGUACCAACUAAAUGUAAUGUAUUGUCAAAUCAAAAUCAAAUCAAAUCAAAUUUUAUUUGUCACAUACAUACAGGGUACGAUAUGCAGUGAAAUGCUUUAUACAACUGUCCGGUAUAAGAAUAAAAAAUGUUGUAAUGUAUUGUAAAUUAAAUUUAAUGUAAUGUCAUUUAACUUUUAUUCUCCCAGAGCAUUAUGUUUGAGAACAUGCUUGUAUUCUUGUAUUUGUUUUAUUGUUUUAUUGUUUUACGUGAUGGACUGGUUUUUUUUUUUUCACUUUGCUUUUUUAUUGACUUUUAAAACAGUUUAAACAGUCUGAAGUUAAAAGACGAAUCCUGAUUUUUUUUUUUUUUUUUUAAGUUUUUCUUUUUAUGUGAAGCAUUCGGUAGUAUGUCCAUCUGAAAGCCAAUAAUUUUGAAAACCCAUAAUUCUGUUCACUAUACAGCGCUAUACUAUUUAAUUUACAAUUUUAAGGCGUGUCUUGCACUGCAUUAUCAUGAUACAGUCAUCACAACACUGACUGCUGAAAGAGAGAUUAUUAUUAUUAUUAU